CGGCAAUGUUUCGAGAGUUAAUGCAGGCAGAGGCACUCAAGAGCCCCGAGCCUCGAAAUCUCGGGCUGUGUUAUGUUAUAGGCCGCGCGCGCACGUGUGGGUUUGUGUACAGUGGUGGUUGUCAAGCCUCGCCAUUCGUCAACGGUCUUGCGACUAUACGUGUAGGUAUAGAGAGUCCAGGUGUCGACGGCAAUUCGGACGUCGUCUGCGCGUUAUCCAAGCGCCGAUGGAGGUGGCGCAGGCCGAGAGCCUGUGUUGUCGCGCUGUAUAAACGGGAGCUCGACGGCGUGCUGCCCCUGCCAUCGCAGUUGAGACUCGCUCUCGUCACGGCUAAUACUCUCGAGGUUCGAGCUGCGCUCUCUUUCUCUCUCGCUCUUACUCAUUCGCUCUCCGACGCGCAGACCGACUGCUGCGCGCUUCAGGAUUUCGCAAGGGACAAAACGUCCGCUCGUUCAUUCGUUCGCUCGUGCUCCAAGUGUGUGCAUACAUCGAGUGCGCUGCCUCAUUACAUCCAUACAGCGAGCAGUACAUUUACAUGCAGCCGCGUUGGCGGUCAGUGGCCUGGUUUUUUUCAAUCGACUCGAGAAAAUAACACAAGCUGCAGAAAGAGCAGCGGUGUCAUCGACGCGACGGACUCUAGUCAGUCUUUCACAGACGCAUCGAAAAGGAUAUUUAAGAGGCAGCCGCAAUGGCUGGUAAAUCAUUCAAAUGGCUGAUUUUUGCCGUGUCAAUGAUAUGGCUAGAAUCGACGUUGACCGAGGCUAAAAACCCAGCGUCAAAGGAAUUUACGCUGGUCGACACACUCCGCCAAAAGCUACUGACUUUGAACGAGGAGCCGUGGAACGGCGAAUCGUCGUUGCUCAACCUCGUCAAAAUUUACAACGGCUUCGGAAAUGAUUUGGACGAAGCCUUCCCCAAGAGUCCGGAAGAUCAUCUGGGCCUGCUCGACACGCUCUGGUUGUGGGCGCGAACCCAAUCGGAGCUGCGCAGCGUCGAGGGCCUCUACACGAAUUUCCGGCGCAUGCAGAACCAGUCGCUGGAGCAGCAAGACUCGCCACUCGACCUGAAGCGCUGGAAAAACUUUGCCGAUACCGUGCUCAGAGACGUUAACGCCGCGGUGCCCGAGGCUCUCGCCCGUAUCGCUCAAUUCGUCGUAACCGAUCGACUUUUCAUGUAUGCCUACCAGGAGGCUUCGUCCCGGAUGUGCCAUGACCAGCAGUCUCCGCAGCAGCUGCUCUACAACCUCUACAACACGAUCGCGCUCGUCGAGGUCAAGGGCGCUGCAAUGAUGCAGUUCUCUUGGACCAUGCUGAGGAUGUAUAACAAAGGUAAUUUCACCGAAGAAGUCGAGCAGCUGAAGCAGCAGUACGCCAUUCGGACGUCCGAGACGUUGAGGGCGGUAAAAACGGCCAUGUCGUUCGCGCCUCGCGAAUUCUGGAAAUGCGACCCGGCCAAACAUCAGCUGGACACGACCUACACCGAGCUCAAGCAAGUCUUCCAGGGUUACAUCGUCAACGAAGUCGACAUGAACCCCCAAAGUACUUGCAAAGAAAACUGCGCUUACUACAGCUACUCAAAGGUCCACGGCUGCUACGGCAAUCAAUUCUGCGCUACGCAGCGUCGUUGCAACGGCAAGCUGGUCAAUUGUCAAUACUUUGAUUCCGACAUGUGGAUCUGCCCAUCGGGCAAGAACAGCGUGAGGAGAUACGAGUACGUAGAGUACGAAAAUGGCCAAGUGUUCGGACGAAAGGACACGUGCAAGAAGCCGACCAUCAAGGUGGACAGCUGGUGGCGUUGGUUGUUCUGGCAUUGCAGUUACUGCAUGUGCUACUGCGACGAUCACAACUCCAACUCCGAUCGCUACUUCAACUUGCGCGACGUCAUGGCUGACAUCUACGCCAACAAAGUCGUCACGGGCGUUCGCAUGAAGAAAGAGAAUCAGGUGAUUCACAUUCAAAUUCAGCAGGGCACUUUGGGGCCCCGCGGCUUCAUCGACCCGGAAACCGUAGCUUGGAAAAAGAUCGACAACUACACGAUCAUCGACGACGACGUCAAGGCGGGCAUCGACUACCACACGAUCAUGUGGGAGAAACGAGCCGUCGAUCUGGACGACCUCGAGGCCCCGAGCGACCACCUGCUCACCGGACUGCGAUUCCGCACCAUCGGCGCCCACUUGAACCUCGAAAUUAUGAUGACCCCGUUCAACUUCACCACGGGUAAACUCGUGCCCGAAAAGAGCCAGUGGCACUCGCAAGACACCACCGACGCGAGCGAUCAAAUCGAUCUCGACGGAGAGAUGCAACAGGCUACCAAGAGGACCGAACUGAAGCUGGAGAAGCCCGACAUUCCGACGCGCUCGCUCGCCCAGGCGGUGCCCGACUCCCAGUCGAAUCAGUACCUGCUGUUCACGCCGACGGACCUCAACAAGGACGCGGCCCAGAGCACGGUGCCGUUCAUCGACGCCCAACCCGUCGAGCCGAGACCAGCGGUGCCCAUCUCCGGCGCCGGCAUCUUCCACAAAGGCCGCAGCGGCUACGGCGGCUUUCUCGCGCUCAAGCUCAUCACUUACAACUUCGAGCCGCAGAUUCGCACGGAGCUUCCGUCUUCGCCGCCGCUAAUCGGCUUGAGCAACGACAUCAGCGGACUGUAAACGCGACUGUGUCGAAGCGCGCGACGGGGUUUAUGGAGCCGCGUUGAAUACGAUGUAGACCUACCCGAUUACUUCAAACGUGUGGGUGGCGACUGCCGGCUAUGCUCUUAUCUCGACAUUGCCAAGAUACCAGAAACUAAUUUUCUCGAUUAUCUAUCCGACCGUUAAACUUGAUCAGAGUCAAUAGGCUUAUAAGAUAAUAGAAGCAAUUUGUUUUAUGUACAUUUUAUCUUCAUUAGUUAUAAUUGAAUUACCAAUUAUGGACUAGUUCUUUCAAUAGUUUUCUUGUAAUAAACACGACCGACGAUUUUUCAACCAUAAUCAAAUUUUGUUACUGUUCUUUUGACUUUUUUUACAUUGAUUUUUUUGCUGUAUAAAACAUGGCUUUACUAUCGAUAUUUAAAACUUCUAGCCACCCAAGGUGACAUUAAAGUACUGUGAUUGUAAUUAAUAAAAGUACCUACAGCGAUGUAAUGUACGAACGGUG